AUGCCUAGAAUUACAAAAGAGCUUUUAAGAAGCAGAAGUGAACAUAAUGAAAUGUGUUUGAGUACAUUAGAAGAAAUUACACUUCAUUAAUUCGAAUUAGAAAAAAUUGAAUUAUUAGAUGUAUAUUGUCGCCAUUUAAAAAUAUUAUAUUUAUAGAAUAAUAUCAUUGAAAAAAUGGAAAACCUUAAUAAAUUAAAAGAACUAGAAUAUCUAAAUUUAGCACUUAAUAACAUUUCUAAAAUCGAAGGAAUAGAAGGUUGUGAGAGCUUAAAAAAAUUAGACUUUACUGUCAAUUUUAUUGACUUAGAAAAUUUAGAAGAAUCCAUGAUAAAUCUAUCUAAAUGUCCUUAAAUAAAGGAACUUUAUAUGACAGGAAAUCCAAGUACAGAUUGGGUUGGAUAUAGACCGUUUACAAUUGCCACUGUACCUUAAUUAUAAACUUUAGAUGGUAAAGAAAUAACACCUGCAGAAAAAAUUUAGGCAAAUUAAAUUUAUGAUGAUCUUUUGGUAGAUCUAAAUUACUAAAUAGAAAUGAAAGCAAUUAAAAAAAAAUAAGAAUAGGAAGAAUAAAAAAAAUAAAAAUAAGAAGAAAAUUAAAAUGAAAAUAAAGAAAAUAUUGAUGAUAAAGACCAAAAAUAACCAUAUAACGUAGAAACAAGAAGAAAAAUGUACUUAGAUUUGGCAGCAGAUAAAGAAAAACAUGAUCGAGAAAAAUACCCAGAAAAAUAUAAAGAUAAAACAAAACCAGUAUCUUCCAUGUUCAAACCAGAUGGAGAUAUUAGGUAAUGUAAUGAAGGUAAAUAUAAAUUUUCUUUGAGAGAAUGGGACGAUCCCGAAUAUUCUUUCUUUAUAAUUGAAGUUCCUAAAUUUAUGGAUACAAGUUUUAUAGAUGUAAAUUUAAAUCCAUGUUGGAUUAGUGUUAGAAUUAAAGGAAAAUUACUUUAAUUGAAAUUAAAUGAAGAAAUUUAAGUCGAAAAAAGUGAUAUUAAAAGAUCUUAAUUAACUGGAUUUUUGGAAAUUAAAAUGCUAAAAAUGAAAUUUAAUCAAGCUUUGAAAGCUUAAUAAGAAAAAUAAAAAACUGAAAAAUCUAAAAUCGAAGAUGAAAAAAAAUAGAAAAUUAAAUUAGAAGAGGAAGAAAGAAUUAAAAGAUUAAAAUUAUGUGAUAAAAUAGAAUAAAAAGCAAUUUAAAAACAAUAAGAUUAUAUUACUUUUGAUAAAAUACCGGAUUUAGAAUGA